UUCUCGCCCCCCUCCCCCCCCCUUCUCCUUUCUCCCUCCCAUUGUCUGUCUGUCCGGCUCCGGGGCUUAGCGCUGGCGCUCUGCUCUCCCUUUCCUCUCAGACCGGCGGGAUCGCGCGCCCCAGUCGGGCCGGAUCCCGCUUGCCGCUUCCCGGCCCUGCAGGCCGCGGAGAAGGGAGAGGCCGCCGGCGUAGCCAGGACCGUGCUCCCUGCACCAGGCUUUGUCCCGGCGGAGAGGGUCCGAAGCGGGCCCGGAGGCCAUGGAAUCGUCUGCUCGGAGGAGGCCGCACGCGGGCUCCUCGGGCCAUCCGGGCAGACAUCCCGCAGGCAAAGCUGAAGAUGGGUCCCGAACUUCUCCUUUCCAUCUUGACCUAUGGUUCUACUUGACAUUACAGAACUGGAUCCUGGAUUUUGGCCGCCCCAUUGCCAUGAUAAUUUUCCCUCUAGAAUGGUUUCCACUUAACAAGCCCAGUGUGGGAGACUACUUUCAUAUGGCUUACAAUGUCAUCACCCCAUUUCUGCUACUCAAGCUCAUUGAAAGGUCCCCCAAGACUCUGCCUCGAUCCAUUGUGUAUGUGUGUAUUAUCACCUUCAUCAUGGGCUCAAGCAUUCACCUGGUGGGAGACUCUGUGAACCACCGCCUGAUCUUCAGCGGGUACCAGCACCACCUGUCUGUCCGGGAGAACCCCAUCAUCAAGAACCUGAAACCAAAAACACUGAUUGACUCCUUCGAGCUGCUCUACUACUACGAUGAAUAUCUCGGACACUGCUUGUGGUACAUCCCCUUCUUCCUCAUCCUUUUCAUGUACUUCAGUGGCUGCUUCACUACUUCAAAGAGGGAGAGCAGGAUGCCUCGGUCCGCUUUGCUCUUGUUGGGCCCCAGCAGCUUAUACUAUUGGUAUCUGGUCACCGAAGGGCAGAUCUUCAUCCUCUUCAUCUUCACCUAUUUUGCUAUGAUGGCCUUCGUGAUGCACCAGAAGCGGAAGCGCCUCUACCUAGAUAGCAACGGACUCUUCCUCUUCUACACCUUCUUCUUUACGCUUCUAUUCGUGGCCCUGUGGGUGCUCUGGCUGUGGAACGAUCACACGCUCAGGAAGAAAUACCCAGGAGUCAUCUACAUUCCAGAACCAUGGGCCUUCUACACCCUCCACAUCAGCAAGCACCCCUGAGCUCCUCAGGGCCCACAGCCAAGAGGGUUUUCUUGGGAGGGAUUGUGUGUGGGCAGUCUGUUGGGAAGAAGCCACCCCAUUCCCUACCUCUCCCCUGUGCCCUUCCUCUCCCCACCACCUAAGUGGGCUUGUGGUGUGUGUGUGUAUUGUUAGGGAUCUACAUUUUGUUUUGGUCUUUUCAGGCUUGGGUUUAGUAUUAGGAAACACAUCACAGUGCUGAGAAUGGGCCUUGUAGAAUGAUUUGUGUCCCACGUUGUGAUUAUAAAAAUCAGCCAGGUAGGGACUCUUGGCCAGAGGCAGCUUGAUGUAGAGGGGUUGGAGGAACCCUCGUUUCCAGAGCCAUUAUCCUUUUGCUGUGCCUCAUCAGGUCUGGACCUAAGGGCUUCAGAACAUCCUCUCCAGAGGCUCUUGUUGCCCCGGACAGAUAGGAGAGAGAGAGGACUAGUCAAAACUGGGCUGGGGCUGGGAGGGAGCCAUCCUGAGUCUGAAAGAGCUGGUCUGGCAUGGAUGAGAAAAGAGGAGGGAUGAGGUCUUAGCCCCUGUCAGAGAGGAGUGUUUGCUUGGGCCCAUGGCUCAUUUCCAGAAAUCUUGACUUAGUCUUUUAUGCUGGGAACUGGGCAGUGUGCCAGCUCCAAAUGACCCAUGAGCCAUUUCUCUCCCAGGGAUCCAGCUCUUCCCUGGGUGGGGUAGUGGGUAGUCGGGGUGAAGAGGGCUUGAUAGAGCUGCUCCUCAACCCCAUCAGUGUCUGAGUAUUGUAAUAUAUAUAUUUUUUAAUCUCGAUGGACUUCUGAAUUAGCAGAAGAGUUUCCAGUGCCUCGUGGUGUGGGGGUGUCCCUGGGUUCUUGAAGGCUCUCCCAGGUCCUGCUGUACUAGUAGGGUGGCCUGUGGGCCGUAGUCUGAGGACCAGCCAGCCUAAGCCUAGAGGGGACACAUAGCCAGAAGGCCAUUCAGCAGCUAGUUCAUCUUUUGGCCACAGCUACUUGUAAAUACAGUCUACUAAGAUGUGAAAGGGGUAAAGUGUGGGAAUGAAUGAAGUGCCCAUGCCAGUGACAUCUCAUAUCUUUGGAAGCCAGUCAUCUGAGUUCCAGGAAAACAAGUGGACCUGCCUGGCAGAGCUUAGGAGACCUCAGGGUUAACCUAGAAACUUUGGGACUGCUGCAUCGUCUAGGGACAGCCAAAGGCACAGGGUCCUCCCUAGGGUCCGGGCAAGGAGGGGAAUUAACCCUUCUUUCCCCCUCUCUUCCAUGGAAGCCAGUCUUGAUUCUUUUACUGGAGAAAAGUGGGGUACACCCUCUUUGGCCUAAGCCAAACUUGAAAUGGAAUGUUUAAUCUAAAGACUCAAAGCUCUCUCACUCCUUGGGGAAGUUGGGGUAGAGGUGGAGGAGGAAGAAACCUUCCUAGGAAGCAUUUAGGCAGCUAUGCAUCAUCCCGAGAAGUGGGAGAGAGGGAAUGAGGGAGAAGAGAUUUCAUUCUUAGAAGGGGUGGCUUUUCAGCUAAAGUGGGGGGGGCUUUCUUCCCUUCCCCCCACCCUCAUCACCUCCCAAAUACUGCUUCUAGCUCUGGCCCAUUCUCUGGGCUGUGCACAAAGUGAUCCACUGAGUGGCCUCAAGCUUCUUCCCUGGGAAGGAAGGAUCCCUCCUAAUCAGUCAAGCUCUACCAUGACCUGUUCUUCCCAAUCAAGACAAGGUCCUGUCCCAGAUGCUGCAAGGGCUUUCCCUCCCUCUUCUACUCAGGUGAUCCAUGCCCUGUCAGGGUUCCCUUUACCACCUGGCAUAUCUGGGCCUCCAUCCUGGAGGAUUCCUUCUCUGUAGACUCACUGCCCUGUCCCUAAUUGUAAAUAUUUUGGCAGCCAUGGCUGCAGUCAACGGGAGUCUAAAUAAAUGUGUAUUUGAGUGAGGCCCAGGAAGACCGGCUUUUCUUUCUCUGAGAUCUCAGAAUGGUUGGGAAGGGCUCCCUGCCUGUGGCACCCCCCCCCCCCCCACAAGGGGAAAAUACUAGGGAACAUACUUCAUUCUACAAUCCUAAAACAGUCUCUGCUGUCUCCAUUGGUCCGUUCAGGGGAGAACCCAGGAUUAUCCUCUUCUUAGUCAUUCAGAUACAGCCCAGGGACCCCAAGACCAUACUGAAAAACACAAAGGUGUCCUGCUUGUGCUGGCCUAGCAGUAGGACUGGCUCUACUCUCAGGGAAAGCAGAAGGGAUUUGAUGCAUGUUUUGCAGAAAGGGUUUGUAUGGGUUCUGUGCUGCUGAAAUAAUACAAGGCCUGGAGCCACUGGGUAGAGAAACUGGUCUGGAGGUGGGAGAUCCUGGGGUCAAAUCUGGACAAGUCACUUCAUCAUUGCCUAGCCCUUCCUGCUCUUCUGUCUUGGAACACUUCCAUUCCUGGCCUCCCGAGGGCAAGCCCCCCUCCACUGUGAAGGGCCAGGGCUGGAGGAGUCUGGGAUUGUGGGGAGACACCCCUCAGCCUGGAGGCGCUCUGAAGUUACUGGCUGCCGGGAGAGAUCAGUGUUGCUCCAAGGGACUCAAAGCCAGCAGGGUUUUUGAUAGACGACCACCGUUGAGGAAAAGCAGCCUCGGGGCAGAGCCAAGAACACCUGGAUUCAAAUUCUACCUCUGCCAAACUGAGACACCAACCUGACCACAGCCUCCCUGGCUCAAGGCUGCAUGGCAGGGAAGGUGCCCGAUUUAAUGCCCUGCAGGAGUUUCCUCGCCUAGACCAGAGUAUCGGAAGCUGGAGGGGCCCCUCCAUUCACACUAAAUCUGUGAUCCUGCGGGCAUCUAGGCCAACCCCUAGAGCACACGUGAGGAAACUGAGGCCUGACCUUGAGGUCAGAAGACCCAGGAUCCAAGCCUUUGGCCGCCCACCAGCAAGUCACCUGUCUGAGUUGAACAAUUUCCUGUCCUUCCAAUGGAAUUGUUUGAACAAAACCUUUUCCUUAUAAACUGUAAAGCACUAUAAAAAUGUGGGUCAUUAAAGUUUGUACAAUAGCA